AAAAAUAUUUAAUAAUAAUUUUUGGUUUAAGAAAUUUUAAAAAUGAAGUUAUACUUAAUUUUAAUUUCAACAAUAAUUACUCUAGUUAAUUCUCAUGAAGGUGGUCAUCAUAAUGAGGAUUCGGAUAUUACGAAAUUUAUGAAACACUUGGAAGUUAUACCGGAUGUAAUAACGGAAGGACCAAAAAAUUUUUUAACAAUUAAUUUUGAUAGCGGUGUUCAAGCCGAUAAAGGAGUUGAAUUAAAGCCUGUUCAAGUUAAAAAUCAACCAAAAUUAAAAUGGGAUGCAAAUAAAGAUUCAUUUUAUACAAUAAUAAUGACCGAUCCAGAUGCACCAAGUAGUGAAAACCCAAAGAUGAGAGAAUGGCAUCAUUGGUUAGUUGGAAAUGUUCCUGGUGAUGAUAUUGAAAAAGGAGAAAUUUUAAGUGAAUUUGUUAGCUCCGCCCCACCAAAAGACACUGGUUUACAUCGUUAUGUAUUACUUGUUUAUAAGCAACCAGAUGGUAAAAUUAAUUUUGAUGAGCCACGUUUAAAAAAUAAUAGUGCUGAGGGCCGUGGAAAUUUUUCAACUAAGAAAUUUAUUGAAAAAUAUAAAUUUGGUGCUCCGGAAGCUGGUAAUUUUUAUCAGGCUCAAUAUGAUGAUUAUGUACCAACAGUUCAUAAGCAACUUGGUUUUUAAAAACACACACAUUCUAAAGAACCGUUAUUUCUUUUAUUUCAUUUUUGUUUUUUCUGAUGUUUUUUUUCUAAAUUUUUUUCAAAAUCUAGUUUAAUAAAAAGCAGAUAUUUUUUUAUUUUUUGCUUUCUUUGUCAAAAAUUUUCAAUAUUAUUUGAAUACCAAUGUGAGGCUAUAAAAAAA